AUGGACUACCAUUCGAUCCAUGGCAGUGAUAUAGCCAGCUUUGAUAUAUCAAAUACCCACCGCCUGCCGACCGUUUCAGCGUCCCAGGCGCUCGCGGCCUUGGAGGAUGAGGGCUCCAAUUGCGUCUCCACGGGGAUCAAGGCCCUAGAUAAGUUCCUGGUGCCGUUCUCCGUGUCGUCGCAAAUGUAUGGCAGUGGAAAGCCUCGCGGCAUCAAACGUGGGCAGGUGACGGAGAUAUGGGGUCCUCCAGGCAGCGGAAGAACAGCCCUCGGAACUCAGUUAGCCGCAAAUACUCUCAGCAAGAAGGAUGGUGUGGUCUGGAUUGAUUGCUUCCAGAAGACGCCGAUUGCAAGAAUCUCGGCUGCUUUGGAAAAUAUGCAGCUGGGAAAAGAAGGCGAUACUGUGGACGAAGCUUCCGCUACGAAAGCUUCCAGUGGAGAUGGCUUCACUCGCUACUCUUGCUUUACACUCCCUCAUUUCUUGGCGCUUCUAUCGCGGCCAUCUAGCACAACUAUUCCAGCAGGCACAUCAUUAAUAGUCAUCAACUGCGUAUCUGCUCUAAUCAAUGCGGCCCUGCCUCGAUCGCAUGUUGGCAAACAAAAUACAAAGCAGCCUCAAGGCUCUACCCCAGCCGCCAAACGAAUGCAGGCUCUUCAGGCAAUUAUAUCGCUCCUCAAUAAGCUCGCUGCGACUCGAAAUUGCGCCGUCGUUAUCCUGUCCCAAUGUGCGACCAAGAUGCAGUCGGAACACGGCGCUUCACUCGUCCCGGCCGUAACCGCAACGGUAUGGGAGCAAGGCAUUUCCACGCGAAUAGCUCUAUUCAGGAACUGGUCGUGGGAUGAGAGAAAACCACACAGUGUCUUUUUGGCGGGCGUGCAAAAAUUGGACGGUCGUGUUAUGCUGGACGUAGUCGACAGCGCUUCAGCAUUUACAGUUGAGUCGACGGGCGUGCGGGAUGUCGACUACGAGGCGAGCCAUCCAAUGGAAAUGGCAGCGGCGGCGCAGCAGAAGCGCAAAAUUGGACAGACGGAGCUCGAGGUGCCUGACAGCGAAGAUGAGGACUACGGGUGGGCGGAAGAAGAUGAAGCUUCUCUGCCAGCGCCGCCUCCACAGUGGCAGGGCAGCGAGGACAUCAUCCUGGGACAGGACGUGGGGCGAAGCGAGGACGAAGAGGAAGCAGAGGAGGAAUAUCAUAGCUACGAUGAAGCGGAGGGAGCUGAAGAGGCCGAGGAGGCAGACAGCAACCAAGAAUGA